UGAUUGACCUUUGCCGAGGGCCCCACGUCCCUCACACUGGUACGUGCAUUGUGCAUGUUUGAACUUGUCUGUUUGCUGGACUAUUACCUGCUCUACACAAGCAGAAGAGAGCGAGGGUGCAGCUGAAAGUCGCUGCGCUCUCUAGCUGUCCUUUACUGGGUGCUCUUCCCGCUUGGUCCUAUAUCAACUCUGCCUAUCGAACGACUCUCCACUCUCGUAAUGAGUGCUGGCGAGCUACACGUGGGCAAACAUGCAUGGAAUCCUGUAGUAUUGAGUAAUGUCGUUCAUGCAACUAACGUUUUCGCAUGCAUCUUGUUCAAUGUACAGGCAUGCUGUCUUCGUUUGAAAUCACGAGAUGCGGCGCGUCGCACUGGGAAGGAAAGGAGCUGCUGCAGCGUGUGUACGCUAUUUCGUUCCCAAACAACGCACAGCUCAAGGAGUGGCGUCAUCUUCAGGAAGAAGCGAAGAAGCGAGACCACCGACUAAUCGGCCGCGCUCAGCAGCUCUUCAUGUUCCACCCCCUCAGCCCCGGAUCGUCGUUCUUCCUGCCCCAUGGCACGCGUGUGUUCAACACGCUGGCCGACUUCAUCCGCGGAGAGUACAAGCGCCGUGGUUACGAUGAGGUUAUCAGUCCUCUCAUCUUCAAGAAGGAACUCUGGGAAACCUCGGGCCACUUGAAAAACUACCACGACGACAUGUUCAUGGUUUCGCAAGGCAUUUCUACUGGCGAGGAAGGUUGCGAAGGACACGGCCAUGACCACGCGCACGGUGAAGAAGAGUACGAUCAGUUCGGGCUGAAGCCUAUGAACUGCCCUGGACAUUGUCUUAUGUUCCGCGAGGCGAAGAAGUACUCGUACCGAGAGCUGCCUGUGCGCCUCGCCGAUUUCUCGGCCUUGCACCGUAACGAAGCGUCUGGCGCGCUUACGGGGCUUACUCGCGUUCGUCGAUUCCACCAGGAUGAUGCCCAUAUUUUCUGCACGGCUGCCCAGGUGCAGUCGGAGAUCUCGCAUGCUCUGGACUUCAUCAAGCACGUGUACGGCAUCUUCGAUUUCAAGUUUAACAUGCGUCUCUCUACUCGACCGGAGAAGUACAUGGGAGACCUCGAGCUUUGGGAUGACGCUGAGGACCAGCUUCGCCUCGCCCUGGAAGAUUUCGGUCAGCCCUGGACUGUCAACGCAGGCGACGGUGCAUUCUACGGCCCCAAAAUCGACAUCGUGGUGACGGAUGCUCUGAAGCGCCAGCACCAGUGCGGAACGAUUCAGCUGGACUUCCAGUUGCCGAUCAACUUCGAGCUCGAGUACGAUGGUGCUGAUGGCGAGUCGCACACGCCCAUCAUCAUCCACCGCGCCGUGCUGGGAUCGAUCGAGCGUAUGAUGGCUAUCUUGAUCGAGCACACGGGCGGCAAAUGGCCGCUCUGGCUCAGUCCUCGACAAGUGGCCGUGCUCCCCAUUGCUGAGGCACAUCGCGAGUACGCUCACGAGGUGGCUAGCAAGCUGCAGACGGCGACCCCCCGUGGUCUGUUCGUGGACGUCCAAGACGGCAGCAAGACGCUCAACAAGCGCGUACGUGAAGCUCAGGUUGCCGGCUACAACUACAUCCUGGUCGUCGGUGACAAGGAGCAGGCUGCGCAGGAGGUCAACAUUCGCACACGUGAUAACCAGGUGCAUGGUGCCAAGCCGCUCGCAGACUUCAUCGACGAGAUCAAGGCUGCUAUUGAUCGUCUGGAAUAGAUAGGUGGGCUAAGUGUACGUCAGACAGCUAGCACUUCACAGUAGACAAUAGAGCCAACUGAUAUUACAUGCAACCCUUUGUGUUGUGCCUUACCGAAUUGACAAAGGCUCCUCAGGGUAGUCGGUCUCAGGAGCAAUAGAGAGCUCGCCGACGACGAGUUGGUUGAGUGCGCGAUUGCCAUCCCAGCCGCCAAAUAGGAAGAGGUGAGGACCUACCAGCGUGGAAGUGUGACCGUAGCGGUUAGCUACUGGAAUUCCGUACGCAGCGACACGGUGCCACUCCAUGUUCUGUACAUCCAGGACUCGAGCGUAUGAAGACCCUCCGCGUAGCUCUCGUUCGUGCUGCUUCUUGCGUUCGCGCUUCUUUCGGUUCUCCUCGAGUUGGUUCGCGCCAUUGUUGCUGCUUGCUAGUCGCUCCUCUCGAUCCUCAAGUCGAACGAGCUCGCGAACUUGCUUGUCCCCCAUAAACAGCGGCGUGCGCUCCGUGCCGGACCACCCACCCAGCAUCACUGCUAGCUCUUCCCCACUGCCAGCCCCCGCAAGGUUCAUCGACUGACCGAAAGUUCCAGGAGGAUAUUCACCCACGAGUCGGGGGCGACUCCAUGCCAUCGACGCGAUGUCGAAAACAUACACAUCCUUGUUGUACACCGGCAGCGCAUCAGGCAUCACAGUGUAUCCGCCAUACAGAAGCAGCGACGGUGAACCCGCAUUGCUGGAGAGAUCCACCAUUGACAGGUUUUGGCGUGGAGUUGGCGGCUUACCCGAACAUUUCGGUCGACGCCACGUGAAGGUGGCCGAGUCAAACAACCAUAGAUCGUUCAUGCUCUUCUUGCCGUCCCAACCACCGAACACGAACAUCUUCUCGUUGUCCACCGACGCUGCUGCAUGGCCGUAGCGUCCAGCAGGACAAUCAGUCGUCCACUGGACUUGCAGCCACGCCAUGGCACCGAGGUCGAAGAAGAACAUAUCGCGGAAGGCUUCACCUCGCGCCCCACGCCCCCCGAAGACGAACAUACGCUCUCCACCGUUGAGCAGGAGAGCUGAGUGUCCAUAACGCGGGGCAGGCAGCACAACCGGCGGGUCCAUUUCGCCUUCAUCGAUCUGCUGACGUCGCCGAGGUUGCUCCUUUGGGAAGAUGACCUCUGCCCAAGAGGACGUCCCCAGAUCCAAGCGGUGGAGGUCGUUCAGGUAGACGAAACCUCCUUCGCUGCCGAAGUAGUGGCCGCCGAAGAUCAGGAGGUGGGUUCCUGCCAGCACAGCAGAAUGGCCUCCACGAGCGCUAGGCGGUUUACCUUCUAGCGCGGGCGUCGACCAUUGUAGACUCACUCGACUCGCGCGACUUGAUAAAGCGUCACUUUUGCGACGAGAGCUGACGGCUCGUUCCUGCAGACCUUCCUUCAUCGGAUCUUCGCGGAUUCAGCUCGAUGGCAAGACAGCAGCAGAUCGAGGCGACCGUCCACUCCAAGCGCCGCACUCAAAACUUGUAGGGUUGUAGCCAAGAAAUACCAGCAACACCACCAAGUAACGUUAUAUUGCAUUAGGUUCAACUAUGCGCGACGUUGCAGACCGACUCCAUUGACCUCGACAAUCGCGCUUGUAUCUUCCUCGUGAAGUUGAUAAGUGGCUCCGGUUAAUCGAGCUGCGAUGUCCAGCGCCGUCUCCAAGUGCUUCGAGGUACGGUGAGCCUUUCCUGGCACACGCACGCGAGACGUGCCUUCAGCUAACGCCAUGAAGACGACAACAUUAUCCGCGAGGUGCUCGUCAACCCACGCGCCGCUGUGAACGUACUCGUUCAGUCUUGAGAUCACCUGGUCGGCAAAAAUGCUUGCGGUGGACUCAUUCACGUUAACCGUUUGGUCGACUGAGAUGAUCCCGUCGGUUGCAGUUUCCAGCACGACAAGGGCAGACACCGCUGUUCUCUCCUUUGGCUUCUUGCCCCUGAAAGACUUCUUCUUCUGGUGGGUGGCUGUAGCGGUGGCCUCCACGACACACUCCUCUUCAAUGGUAAACUGCUCAUUGCUGUCUCCGCCGCUAAAUUCCUUGCCAACAGCUUUCUUCAAUGCACUGGCGUAAUGAUCCGCCAAGUUCUCGUUCGCCGAUGAACCGAACGCGGUGACUCGAAUGAACGCACGACGAAUAGACGAAGACCAAUCGGUCAAGUUGAUAGCUUGAAGUGUCUUCUCACAUCCAAGAGGAUCGAUGGAGACCCGCACUUGACCACUAGAGCCGCCGCCGGGGAAAAACAUGCGCUUGCUCACUU